AUGUUUAAGGAUUUAAUUUGUAUAGGAAAGUUAUCCUUUUAUGUUUAGGUUUUGAGUCACUUUAAGUUUAGAUUCCUGAACGCUAAUUUAAAAUCAACUCAGAAUUAAGAAUUCAAUGGACUUAAAUUAAAAUCAGUAAUUUUUUAAAUAGGUGGCCAGAAAUAUGAAUAUCAUGGAGCAAAUGAUUAGUUAAGGGAACUUAAAUAAAAAUGUUCAUUACUUGUUUUCCAAAUAAAAAUUUAAGAUGAAUAUUAAGCUGAAUCUGUUUUAGGAAAAGGAUCAUAUGCAACAGUUUUAGAAUUAACUAAUUAACAUACAAAUAGAUAAUAAACUGCUAAAUUUGUAGAUUAACAAAGAAUAAAUGAAAAGAAGAAUGGUUACAAAUAAUUAUAAUAAGAUAUGGCAAAAGGUGGUUCAUUAUUAACUCUAAUGAAAAAACGUUAAACUCUUUUUAGUAGAUCAGACAUCAAACUGAUAAUGAAAUAAUUGCUAGAUGGAUUGGCAUUUAUCCAUAUUUAUUAUAUUAUGCAUAGAGAUUUAAAACCAGAAAAUAUAUUGUUUAUGAAUAAAGAUUUAGAAUCAUUAGUAAUUGCUGAUUUUGGUCUAGCAUAAUCGGUAGAUUCUCAUCCUAUACUUAUUCUAAAUGUGAAACACCUGGUUUUCUUGUUCCAGAAAUACUUGAAUAAGAUUCUGAGUUUGCUAAAUAUACUGUAAAUUUUGAUAUUUUUAGUGCAGGAGUUAUUUUAUAGGUCUUUUAAUGAUUUUAAAUUUUAUUCAGAUUGAUU